GUUGAUUGAGUGACUAGCCGUAGGUUGUGGUGCUGUUGCGCAGCUCCACGCCCCUAACGCUUUUCCAAGUGAGUGGAAAAACUGAAGUUCCUGAGCUGCUGCAACGAGAGGGGCAGGUCCUGCGCUGGACCUUCGGCAGAGCCGCGGCUGAGGAAAGCCAGAAGACCUGGCAGGGGUCGCCUGAGGAGCUGGAGAGGACAUGAGUGGAGCAUAUAGAGGCAGAGGAUUUGGACGAGGAAGAUUUCAAAGCUGGAAAAGAGGAAGAGGUGGUGGGAACUUCGCAGGAAAAUGGAGAGAAAAAGAUCACAGACCUGACCUGAAUAAAACCACUGGAAAACAAACCUCUGAUCAAACCCCACAGUGUUCGCUACUACAGUCAACAUUGGAUCAGUUUAUACCAUAUAGAGGGUGGAAGCUUUAUUUUUCUGAAGUUUACAGUGAUAAUUCUCCUUUUGUUGAGAAGAUUCAAGCAUUUGAAAAAUUUUUCACAAGGCAUAUCGAUUUAUAUGAUAAGGAUGAAAUAGAAAGAAAGGGAAGUAUUUUGGUGGAUUUUAAAGACCUGAUAAAAGAUGAUGAGAUAACUAACUUGAUACCGGAUAUAGGAAAUGAACUAAGGGAUGCACCUGAGAAAACCUUGGCCUGCAUGGGUCUGGCAGUACAUCAGGUGUUAACUAAGGACCUUGAAAGGCAUGCUGCUGAAUUGCAAGCCCAAGAAAGAUUAUCUGAUGAUGGAGGAACAAUGGUAAAUGUGCCGCACAUCUAUGCACGGGUGUACAACUACGAGCCCUUGACACAGCUGAAGAAUGUUCGGGCGAAUUACUACGGAAAGUACAUUGCUCUGAGAGGGACGGUGGUUCGCGUCAGUAACAUAAAGCCUCUCUGCGUCAAGAUGGCUUUCCUCUGUGCUGCUUGUGGAGAGGUUCAGAGCUUGUCUCUUCCAGAUGGAAAAUACAGUCUUCCCACAAAGUGUCCCGUGCCUGCCUGUCGUGGGAAGUCCUUCACACCUCUCCGCAGCUCUCCCCUCACAGUGACCAUGGACUGGCAGUCAAUCAAAAUCCAGGAGCUCAUGUCUGAUACUCAUCGAGAAGCAGGUCGGAUUCCACGCACAAUAGAAUGUGAGCUUGUUCAUGACCUGGUAGAUAGCUGUGUCCCAGGAGACAUGGUGACCAUCACCGGUACUGUCAAAGUCUCAAAUGCUGAAGAAGGAUCACGAAGUAAGAAUGACAAGUGCAUGUUCCUUUUGUACAUUGAAGCAAAUUCUGUUAGCAAUAACAAAGGCCAGAAAACCGAGACUUGUGAGGACAGCUGUAAGCAUGGAACAUUGAUAGAGUUCUCACUAAAGGACUUCUAUGCCAUCCAGGAGAUUCAAGCUGAAGAAAACCUGUUUAAACUCAUUGUCAACUCACUUUGCCCUGUGAUUUUUGGUCAUGAGCUUGUUAAAGCAGGCUUGGCACUGGCACUCUUCGGAGGUAGCCAGAAAUAUGCAGAUGACAAAAACAGAAUUCCAAUUCGAGGAGACCCACAUGUCCUUGUCGUUGGAGAUCCAGGCCUUGGAAAGAGUCAGAUGUUGCAGGCGGUGUGCAACGUAGCUCCACGUGGCGUGUACGUCUGUGGCAACACCACCACAGCCUCUGGGCUAACUGUAACUCUUUCAAAAGACAAUUCCUCUGGCGACUUUGCUUUGGAAGCUGGUGCCCUGGUACUUGGCGAUCAAGGCAUUUGCGGAAUAGAUGAGUUCGAUAAGAUGGGGAACCAGCACCAAGCCUUAUUAGAAGCCAUGGAACAGCAAAGCAUUAGCCUUGCGAAGGCUGGUGUGGUCUGUAGCCUCCCUGCAAGAACUUCAGUGGUCGCUGCUGCGAACCCAGUUGGGGGACACUACAAUAAAGCCAAGACAGUCUCUGAGAAUUUAAAAAUGGGGAGUGCUCUUCUCUCCAGAUUCGACUUGGUCUUUAUCCUGUUAGAUACCCCAAAUGAGCAGCAUGAUCAUUUACUCUCUGAACAUGUGAUCGCAAUAAGAGCUGGAAAGCAGAGAGCUGUUAGUAGCGCCACAGUAGCUCGUGUGAAUAGCCAAGAUUCAAAUACUUCUGUACUUGAAGUGGUUUCUGAGAAACCAUUAUCAGAAAGACUAAAGGUGGUUCCUGGAGAAACAAUAGACCCAAUUCCCCACCAGCUAUUGAGGAAGUACAUUGGCUAUGCCCGCCAGUACGUCCACCCCAGGCUGUCCCCUGAAGCUGCUCAAGUUCUUCAAGAUUUUUACCUGGAGCUCCGCAAACAGAGCCAGAGGUCAAACAGCUCACCAAUAACUACGAGGCAGCUGGAGUCUCUGAUUCGUCUAACAGAGGCACGAGCAAGGCUAGAACUGAGGGAGAAGGCAACCAAAGAAGAUGCUGAGGAUAUAGUUGAAAUUAUGAAAUAUAGCAUGCUGGGAACGUACUCUGAUGAAUUUGGGAACUUAGAUUUUGAGCGAUCCCAGCAUGGCUCUGGGAUGAGCAACAGGUCAUCAGCCAAAAGAUUUAUUUCUGCUCUCAACAAUAUUGCUGAAAGAACUUACAAUAAUUUAUUUCAAUUUCGUCAACUUCGGCAGAUUGCAAAAGAAGUAAACAUUCAGGUUGUUGAUUUUGAAAACUUCAUUGGUUCACUAAAUGACCAGGGAUACCUCUUAAAAAAAGGCCCGAAUGUUUACCAGCUUCAAACUAUGUAAAAGGACUUUAUCACAUGGGACCUUCUGGAUUUAUUGCCAUCUCAAAAGUGAACACUGUGCCAAAAAAAAGUUCCUUGAAAAUGUUGUUUCAAAAGUACUGAAAUAGGAAGAAGUAUUGGAUUUGGUCAACCAAUUUAAAAAUUAAAGAAUCUUAUAUUGUUCAUGUUUUAUAACUUCUCCCAAAAGCUGAAAGUAAUGUAAUUAUUUUAUCUAAAUGAUAUAAAUUAUGUAUAGUUAUAUUUUUGAUUCUUGUUUAUAUAUUUUAUAGUUCUGCAUAUCAAAUGUUCACCAGUAAUAACUUACAAAAAAAAAAGGUAAUAACAUGUAAACUAGUAUUUCUAUGUUCCAGUAAAAGUUUUCAACACGAAAAUUUAAAUUUCCUGAAAUUUUCAUCAAAGAGUAUACAAUAUUUGUAUUGUUUUAACCAAAUAAGCAUUAUAGGCAGUGUGUCUAAUUUGGCCCCAGUCUACCGUUUGCAAACAACAGCAGCUGACUUAGUGGGAAGAGUUCUGGAGGAGCUGUGGUUAGCUGGCAGGAAUGUAAGAAAGUGGUGGGGGACACGAUUCCAGGAGCGGCUGUACUAGGCGCUAGGGGCGCUUCUAGGGGGUGCAGUGGCAGCUGGAACGCCCUCCUGCCACACAGGCCCCAGAGGAAAGUGCUCCUGUUGGCACCACCGUGGCUGCCACUUCUGUUCCAGGAACCACUGCCACCUCAGAGAGCCCUGCAUAUUCCCCGCCCACGCAGAGGUACCAGCAGGACUGCGUGGGCCUCUUGAAGGGCCCAGUUCAAGUGAGAAGUCUGGUCCAGAAACUUCUGAAAGAGGCUGUGCCCCUUUUGCUGGGAUGUGAGUUUUUCCAGUUUUUUUUCAAGAAGGCAGAACCUAUCAAGACAGGAGGGCCCAUGUUUUGGGAAAGGAUUCAAAUGAACUGGGCUCCCAGCCAGUCACAUAUGGAUGGAGCCAGCGCUAUCAUGUAAGAGCUCAGUCAGUAGGAGCCAUUUUUAGAAAAUGUAUAAUGGGAAACUGGUAAUCGAGUGUACUGAAUAGUUAAUCAAAAUACAAUAUUGGCCUUUUAUUGAAUAUGUAAUAGCCAAAACUCAGUGCAGUAUUUACUACUACAGAACAGAAUGUAUAUAUUAAAACCUAAUUUUAUUUUAU